AUGCAACAAGAAUAUACAACAACAUUCUUAGACAUAACUGUCAAUGAUAUUAAAGAUUUUAAAUCGAUUCGUCAUCAUUUUGAUAAUUCACAUCAUUAUCGAUUUUCAAUUAAUGAAAAAACUCAUCUUCUAUUAAAUCAUGAAAGUGAACUUAAAAUUCAAGAAGAAAAAUAUUUCGAAUUAUUUAAAGAAAAACAAAUUAUUGAAAAAGAAAUUGAAGAAAUAAAACAAUCAAAAUUAUUUAAUAAAAUAAUCGAUCAACAAGAUAAUUUUAUUUUAUUUCCAUAUCGAUCAUUUCUUAAUUUACGUCAUUGGCAUCGUGCGCCAAAACGUUUAAAAAUAUUUUUUCAAGCAUUAGCUUAUUUAUUUUCAAUAAAAACUAAUGAUUUUCUAACUGAAUUGAAAUUAAAUCAUAAUCUUAUUCGAAAAAUUCAAUUUUAUCAACCAUCAUCAACUGUCUUGGAUGAGUUUCGAAUAAAUUUUUUUCAUUUAAAUGAAAUUUCAUUAGAAUAUAUUCAAAAUAAAAGUUUUGAUGCUUAUACAAUUGCUAUUUGGAUACAUAAUAUUGAAAACACUGAUCGUUUAAAACGACUUAAACAACCCGAAAUAGAAAAGUAA